AUGCCCAUACUUGCUAGGGGGCUCAUAGCUGUGGAUUCCUCGGCGCUUUCCAGUUCUUCUGCCACAGAGGCGUAUUAUUCGGACCUGCAACAAGCUUCGUUCGUGCCGUCAGCUACUAUCACGGCCUCAACUUUACCAAUAACCACUUCGAUAGCUUAUGUGUACUCCUCAGGACGUGAGACGGUUUCAAACUCGAAAAAGCCUACCAUUACAAGCAGUCCUUCCCUGAGCUCAGGCAAGGUGUCAACAUCAUCCUCCUCGGCAUCCACGACGUCCUCGACAUCCUCAGCAAUCGCGUCGAAAUCGUCCUCGGGUGCGAGUCCCGCUUACAACGGCAAUUGGAAAGUAUCUGCGAUGGUCUGUGGACUUUUAGGCUUUGGCUUCUUAUUAGGAGGCCUUUAA